AUGACUUUAAUAGGUCACCAGGUGAUUGUAGAAUUAAAAAACGAUUUAGCCAUUACUGGCAUCUUAAGCUCGGUUGAUCAAUUUCUCAAUAUCAAAUUGGAUAAUAUACGAGUAGUUGAUGAUGCAAAAUAUCCUCAUAUGAUGGCAGUAAAGAAUUGCUUUAUACGUGGAUCUGUUGUAAGAUAUGUCCAACUGCCUGCCAAAUUAAUAAGUUCUAUAUUAUUGGUUCAAUACCAAUUUUCAUUACUUUUAUAUGAAAGAUUAGAAAAAGAACUGACAAAGGCAGAAAAAGAAUUAGAAAGAAACAUAGGAAAAUUCUAG